CGGAAGGCUAAGAACGAAUCUUGAAUCUUCAAACACAUAUUAGUGAGAAUUCGUCUCAUUCAUUUAUCAGCAUAUUGAGAUUGAAAUUCAUAUGCUGGAAUCUGAAUAUUUGCUAAUCUAGGAUAUUGCGCUACUUCAAAUUUUAUUCGAUCGUUAAUUUUUCACCAUGGGCAAAUCUCGCCGGAACAGAGCCAAGGGCGGCAAGCGCACCGAUCCGAUUGCCAAACCAGCAAAGCCACCCUCAGACCCGGAGUUAGCUGCGAUAAGAGAAAAGAGCAUCUUGCCCGUCAUUAAGGACCUCCAAAGCUCUGAGCCAAAAUCUCGAGCCUCUGCCGCAGCAGCUAUCGCCAACAUAAUACACGACACAAAAUGCCGAAAAUUACUUCUACGAGAAAAGGUUGUUCAUAUUCUUCUCGACGAGACUCUGACUGAUGCCAGUUUGGAGAGUCGGGCUGCUGGAUGGGAAAUUCUCCGUGUCCUCACAGAUGAGGAAGAGGUUGAUUUUUGUGUGCAUUUAUACCGAAUCGACGUCCUAACUGCUAUUCAGCAUGCUUGUGAGAAGGUAACGAAUACUAUUACGUCUAGAAAUCCUGCCUUCAGCAAAACCACAAAAGCUGAGCAGAGUUUUAAUUGGAGUAUUGCAGAAUCACUAUCAGUCAUACUAUCAGCCGUAGCUGUGGCCCAGGAUGAAGCCCUGGAAGCUGCGGUGCGAAAUGAGCAAAUAGUUCGAUUUCUCUUCACACUCAUAACCGAUAAUUCCACGACUGCGCCAACUUUAAGUAGUGCCUUGUCGUGUAUGAUCACACUGUCUGAGGACAACAAGCAUUUUGCGGAAAUUAUUCUUGCCGAUAAUGCCACUAAGGUUUACAAGCAACUUAUCACGUUCAAGAAUGGCGAUGACUAUAAGUCGGUCCUGGCUUGCGCUGUAUUGCAUAACGUCUUUGCUGUAGCGCAAUGGAAUGACAACACCCCUGGAAAAGAUGGUGCCUGCGAUGCAGUUCUCGUUCCCUCGCUUUCUCGAGCUCUCGAAAAUACCCAACCUAAGGGAAACGCGACAAACGGCGAUAACUCAACAAACUCGGCAGAGAUUUUGCAAUUAGCUCUGGAGACCUUAGCAUCUAUUGGUACGAUGCUUCAAGAGACCUUGAUAAAAGGUAGCCGCUCAAGGGAAAGAGGGCGAAAAGACCACGACAAAGAUGAUGCUAUGGAUGCGGAUGACGACGAACAGCUUUCCGAUGAGGAUUUAGCUGGAGAGGAUGAUGAGAUGAAUCAAGAUGAAAUAGAGGCGGACCUAGAGAUGGUCACUGGUGACGAUCACGGCGAUGAGGUCGAGGGUGUCGAUGAUCUCCCCACCUUAAGGGAGCUUAUGCAGACGGCAAUCCCGCAGAUCACGAAACUCUUCCAGUCUGCCGGAAACGACGAGAUUUCAGAGAUGAUUCGCACACACAGUCUAACAUCCCUGAACAAUAUUUCCUGGUCCGUGAGUUGCAUCGAUUUUAGCGAUGGGUCGAGUGCGGAGAUACUGCGAGCUUGGACUCCGGUAGCGCAGACAAUUUGGAGCCGGGUAGUAGCUCCGAUAUUAUCGAGCGACACAUCCGACGUUGAUUUGGCGAGAAUAGUAACCAGUCUUGCGUGGGCCCUUUCGAGAACAUUGCAUAGAGGGACAACUCUAAGCGGAGAGGAGCAUAAGAAAUUCAUAUCACUCUACCACGCAUCGAAGACCCUUAACUCCGAGGAAGAAGAUCCGUUGCAGAACCUGGGGGUUAAAUGUAUCGGAGUUUUGGGACAAUAUGCGCUUGCGGCACCGAUUGCCUUGAAUCGAGAAAUCGGUGUCUUCCUCAUCACGAUCGUGAAAGGAUUGCCCGAGACACCUGCUGCUGAUGUCGUGGAAGCUUUAAACCAGCUAUUCGACAUCUAUGGCGAUGAGAGUAAGGAGUGGGAUAAGGAGAUCUUUUGGAAGGAUAACUUCUUACAGCAUUUCGAAGAAGUUGCACCGAAAGUGAAGGCUAUGGUGAAAACGAUUGACAAGAGAAAGUUUGCGGAAUUGCGCGUGCGUGCUGAAGAGGCGUACUUGAAUCUUUCCAGAUUCAUCCAAUACAAGCAGAAACACAAACCGUAAAUAGAAUAAGGGAGGUCUAGAGAGCUACGAUCUUAAUUGAUAUGAAGAUAGGAAGGCACACAUAUCUACGAUAUGAGGAUGGGAUUCCUGGAUGGAAUUGUGGCUGUCGAAUUCGGCGGCAAGAGCGGUUCUCCCUGCUGCCUUGCUACGUUGGAGCUCUGCUGCAUGCAGUCAUCACGAACUGUGGAAAUGCACAGGAGCACAUGCAGACUCACCUCGAUAUUUUGCCCUUGCUGAUAUACAAGGACACGGAUAACAGGCCAGAAUGGAGGACCUCGACCGCGUUGGUAACGACAAACUCGGGUAUUAAUGUCA